UUGUUCAUUCCUCUCUCCUCAAUGGCAUCAGCGGCUCGCGUUUCUUGAGAGAAAAUUAUCGAAAGUAUCGAAACCAAUGCAUUGAAAUUCGGAGUGACAACACUGAUAUCCGCUACCAAAAAAUGGCAUCGCGCGCUCGGAACCACUGCAACCUUCCAAAUCAACACCUCUACAGCACGCGUCCGGAAAAAUCUCGGAAAAAUCCUCAGUACGCGUCAAAGGGUGACUGCGCCCAGGAGCUGUUCACCAGUGAGACCCGUUAUCUGGACUCGCGGACCUACCCAUCCCUGGACUCACCGACGGACAAUGAGUUCAAAGCAAGCGACGAAGCGGCCAAUUCUAACGAUGACUCGCUAUCGCUCGGCGACACCAGUAUCAGUCCCGAUGGACACGGGGACAUGGACCAGCAGUACCGGGACAUUGCGGCGGACUUCAAACAGCGGGAGAAGUACUUCCAGGAUGUGACCUACUCACCGUAUCCGAACAGCAAACGUACACCGAACUACACCAUCGACGAUUUCGAUGAUCUGGCGGUGCGAGGAAAUUUGCAGCGGAAGAGCCAAGAUUACAGUGACAAGAAAGGAUACGAGCCAGGCAGCGAUCCUCAGACACUGCUCGCCAUGCGAAAACUCCAGAAAAUCAAGGAACUGGAGCGCAGGCGCGAUUACACCGAGAAGUACUACACCCAGGAGAUCAGACGUCUCAUAGGUGACCAGUACCCCGACGUGAAAUCAUCAUCCCAUCCGACCAGGCACCUGCACGACAAGCUCUACACCGGUGACAGAGUGACACCCCUCGACAACCUGGAGUCAUGCGGCACGAUGACAACCAUCACCCGACUGAACUGCGGCUGCGUCGAGUCGACGACCCGACCGAUCUUCACCACGACAAGUGGACGCGUGCAGAAGCGCAGCUGUCCACAGGAACAACAGGUCCACAUGAAGCUCUCGACGCCGAACGUUCGGAUGGUCAACAAUCACCCGCAACCGGGCAGUAAUACCACGCCGAAGCUCAAGAGCAAGUCCUACAACGCCGAGACGAGAAACGCAGCCGCGAGCGGUAACAACGGCAGCAAGGAAACCACUGCCACUGGAAGAUCGGUAUCGCCGACGCGCAAAGUCAGCGACUCCUCGGUGUUUUCGGCUUGAUGUGUGUACUGAAUCGUUUGCUCUGUGAUUGUUUUCGAAAAUACAUUAUGUGCUGUGCGUUACUGCGAUGAAAA